AUGGCGGCAGGGCUCCGGCUGCAUGGUGUAGGUCCGGUGGUCUUCAGGGGAACAUACUGGCUUAGGUUUUGGGCCAAGCUACAGAAAAGUGAAGAGAAAGAAUCAUUAAUCAUCCUCCGUCGCUGUCCGUCCGCACGCGGUUCUCUUCUCCCGUCUCUACUCUGUUCAUUGUUCGCGACGGCCGGGCUGCUGGGGAUGAACAGGGGCGCGCUCUCCUUCGUGACGCAGGCCAGCACGUGCCGCUUCUCGUACUGCAUCUCCGACCGGGACGACGCCGGCGUGCUGCUGCUCGGCAACAGCGACCUCCCCUUCCUGCCGCUCAACUACACGCCGCUGUACCAGCCCACCCCGCCGCUCCCCUACUUCGACCGCGUGGCCUACUCCGUCCAGCUCCUCGGCAUUCGCGUCGGCGGCAAGCCCCUGCCGAUCCCGCCGUCGGUUCUCGCGCCGGACCACACCGGCGCAGGUCAGACGAUGGUGGACUCCGGCACGCAGUUCACCUUCCUCCUCGGGGACGCCUACUCCGCCGUCAAAGCCGAGUUCUUGAAACAAACGAAGCCCCUCCUCCCCGCGCUCGAGGACCCCAGCUUCGCAUUCCAAGAAGCGUUCGACACCUGCUUCCGCGUGCCUAAGGGGCGCCCGCCGCCGUCGGCGAGGCUCCCGCCCGUGACCCUGCUGUUCAAUGGCGCGCAGAUGUCGGUGGCGGGGGACAGGCUGCUGUACAAGGUCCCCGGCGAGCGCCGGGGAGCCGAGGGCGUGUGGUGCCUGACGUUCGGGAACGCGGACAUGGUGCCCCUGACCGCGUACGUGAUCGGGCACCACCACCAGAUGAACCUGUGGGUCGAGUACGACCUGCCGCACUGAGUGGCGUCCAUCGUGGAGGAGUGGACCAGCGAGGUGUUCGACCUGGAGCUGGUGGGCGACACCGCCGCCGGGAUAGCCGCGGACGAGCAGCUCAUGGACACGCUGAAGCUCGCGUUGCACUGCGUCGACCCGGUGGAAGAGAGAACUCGGUGGAAGAGAGAAGAGAAAGGAUGGAGGCAAGUCACGGCAAGGUCACGGCGUUAGAUGCAGGAGCUUAAUGGCUCGUCUCUAUGCAUAAAAUAGAUUUUGAGUCUAUUUCGUCGGCUGCGCGACCCGUGGAUUUCUAAAUC